GUGCUGGAAAUGCUGGCUAUGGUAUUGUUACCGCCUUAACACUCAGGAUUUAUCCUAUUCCAAAGAUCGUGACUACUGUACUUUUUUUAAAUCAAUUGGGGAAUAAUUUUCAUCGAAAUUUAACUUUUAUAAUCAAUAUUUCUGCAAAAUCACCAAUACAUGUUCGUGGGAUUUAUCUUGGAUCCGCAAAUGAGUUGCAACCCCUUGUGCAAGAAUAUAUUGAAUUAACGAAACCUACAAGCGUUACAUAUGAAGAAGGUGACUUGUAUAGUAUUAUAAUUAAGAACGCGGAUAGUUCUAAUGUUACUGGUUCUUUUAAAGUGAAGUCUUUUUUUAUUGAUUCAACCGGACUAUCUAAUAAAGGUGCUAAGUAUUUAAUGAGGUUUGUUGAUAGUUUUAAAUGUUCAAUGGCAUUUGAGUUAAUGUUAACUGGUGGCGGAAGAGUUAAUGAUAUUAGACGUAAUGAAACUGCAUUCGUUCACAGGGGCUUUUUAUUUAAUAUAGUACUUAAAGUAACUAUAAGCUCUGAAAAGUGUUUACAAGAUUUGGAAAAUUUUGCCAAACAUUUUCAAAAAAAUUAUGCUAGUUAUGAGAAUUACCAAAAUUUGAUUGAUAAAAAAUUAGAUAAUUGGCAAUGUAGGUAUUAUAGUGAAAACUUUGAAAGACUUGUUGAAGUUAAGCGGAAAUAUGAUCCUUAUAACUUAUUUCAUUGGAAUCAGAGUAUACCUACUAAUACUGAUGUUACAUGUUAUUAA